UGUCCCAUCAUUUCUAGGGUUAGAGCCUUCAGGGUUUAAACUCAGCGGCUGUCGCUUCUUGUUUUCGCCUCGAAUCUCUCAGAACCCUUCUUCCAGUCGAAACAAUCUCUCUCAGCCAACAUGGGGAAGACACGUGGUAUGGGAGCUGGACGCAAGCUGAGGACCCACCGCAGGAGGCAGAGGUGGGCUGAUAAGGCAUACAAAAAGUCCAACCUUGGAAAUGAAUGGAAGAAGCCGUUUGCUGGUUCUUCCCAUGCCAAAGGCAUUGUGCUUGAGAAGAUAGGUAUUGAGGCUAAGCAGCCAAACUCUGCUAUCAGAAAGUGUGCUAGAGUUCAAUUGAUCAAGAAUGGAAAGAAGAUUGCUGCAUUCGUUCCCAAUGAUGGUUGCUUAAACUACAUUGAAGAGAAUGAUGAGGUGUUGAUUGCUGGAUUUGGACGUAAGGGUCAUGCUGUUGGUGAUAUUCCUGGUGUUAGAUUCAAGGUUGUGAAGGUCUCUGGUGUUUCUCUCUUGGCACUCUUCAAAGAGAAGAAGGAGAAGCCUAGAUCUUAAGUUUGCAACGUGGAGUUUGUUGCUAUGAUCUUUUUAUAGUUCUACUUAGAACUGAGAGCAUUAUAUUACUGGGUAGCUUUUGUGGACAACUUUUUAUCUUCUGGUAAUUGUAUUGAAUUUGUGGUGUCAUCUUGAUCAAAAGGAUUUUGGUUCUUUAUUGCUGUUCCAAACUGUUA